AUGGCAGGAACAAGCCCCGCGGAUGACCCAACGGAAACAACAAUUACAAACCACAUCAACGGCUCUCGCAGUGAUGCUUCACCUGGAUCCAGUGUGGUUGGAGUUGUUCCUGUGACAAAAAUACCUGCUCUAGACACUAUCGACCAAUAUGCAGUUGAACGACCAACGGUCGAUUCGAUUGGGCAAAGUCCCUGGUUAAAGAUCGGCUCCAGCGAUGUUAGCGGAGAUCUCGCAAUAGCAUUGAUCGAAGGAUACGCUCGAUUUGUAUGCGCGUUCACUGGUCUCGAUGAUAUUGCUUUUGCCGUCUCGCGCCAGCCUUCAACAGGAUCUUCGCAGACUCUCAUAUGCGCUUCCGUGACCGUGACUGAAGAAAAGGAGUGGUUGCAGUCAACACAGCAAUGCGCAGUGCGCGAACUCGACUUUUCAUACUACAACCGAGACGAGGUUCAGUUCGUUCUGGACUUGGCUUUGACUAGUGGUCCUGAGAACGGAAACACAGAUCUGAGCUCGUUCGCAGAGAGAAACUGUCUCUCGUUGUACGUUCGGGUUUCCAAUGACGACAUACGGAUCAGUUUUACUUAUCCAAAGCGACUGAUCCCUGAUGCAGCGGUGAGCCAGCUGCUGAAGACGAUUGCGUUGCAUAUCAGGCAAUCCAUUGGAUGUCUUCAAUCCAAAGGAGUCUCGGCGGAUGAUCAAACUCCUGACUUAUCUAUCCUUAAUUUUCCGCCUCUGAUGGUACCCCCUCGACGAGACGAUGAUUCAGCGCCGCCGCACCGUUCCAAAUCAUUCCUUCUUCAUUCUGCUUUCGAGGGCUGGGCCCAGAAAAGCCCUAGUGCCAUUGCACUAGACUUCGUUCGUUCUUUACCAUCGGCCAACUCUACCGCCGAGCAUAGCACCCUAACCUAUGCCGCUCUCGAUGCUGCAGCCACCUACCUGGCAAUUCAUAUCAGAACGCUCCUUUCAGACGGCACGCACAACACUGGCAAUCGCAUCAUUCCUGUCUAUAUGUCAACUUCGCCUGAGCUCUACAUCUCAUACCUCGGAAUCCUUAAAGCCGGUUAUGCAUUCUCUCCCAUUCCCAAAGAUGCUCCAGCUCAGCGAGUCCGUGAUAUUCUUCGGGAUAUCGACUCCUCCGUGAUACUUGGCAACACUGAGGAACCGUCAUCUGGGCCAUGGUUCCCAGACGCAGGUGAUGAAACAAUAUCAAAGCCAAUUUGGGUAAACGUGGCUGAGGUCUCCAGAUGGAAGCACUUCUCUGGAGGGCAUGCUGCAAUUCCAAUACAAGACAGAUGUUUCGAUCCUCCCGACAUCGAUCACAAUCAGAUUGCCUACCUUCUUUUCACAAGUGGCUCCACCGGUAAACCCAAGGGUGUACAAGUCAGUCAUCUUGCAGUAACCUGUUCGAUCGAGUCCCACGCUACAGCCAUCCCACUUCCUGGCACCUCGGCUGGCGAUUUCCGGUGGUUCCAAUUCGCGUCCCCUACUUUCGACCCGUCUCUCAUGGAGAUAUUCGUCACGCUGGGCAGUGGCGGAACUCUCUGCUCGGCACCUCGGAGCCUGACGCUUACUGACCUGGAAGGAACAAUCAACGAGGCCAGAGCAACCGUAAUGAUGGCAACGCCAAGCCUAGCAGCACUUCUUCGACCCUCCCGAUUGACUACCCUUAAAUCUUUGUGGACAAUGGGAGAAAAGCUCAAUCGGACAGUCAUCGACAACUUCUCUCAAAAGGCGUACAACAACGACGCGAACGGGCACUCUGUCCCGGCGACAAGGAUGCUAGUCAACGCAUAUGGUCCCACCGAAGCAGCAAUCAACUGCACAUUCCUCGCACCAGUCGAGUAUCACACCCGUGGAUCAAUCAUUGGCGAGGCACUUCCCACAUGCGCAAUGUUUGUCCUCGACCCAACCUCCCAUACCCCUAAAGCAACUCCAGCUGGUCUCGCUGGAGAGCUUGCGAUCGGAGGGCCUCAGGUCAGCCAAGGCUACUUGAAUCGCCCCAAAGAAACUGCGAAAUCCUUUGUCCAAAGUUCUGACUACGGAUACCUCUACCGAACAGGUGACAUGGCUCGCAUUGUCUGGGAUGAGAAAGGCGCACAAGUCAUUGAGUUUCUUGGGAGAAUCACAUCUGACCAGGUGAAGAUCAGCGGUCGUCGAGUUGAGUUGGGGGAGAUUGAGUCUGUCCUUACCACCUUGACGGGAGUGCGAGAGGUUGUGUCGGCAGUCUCCAAGCGUGAUGCAACGGUACAAGGCAGUGAGGAAAUUGUGGCAUGCAUUGUGACGGACUCGCCUGGCGAGGACGCAAGACGAGAAUUUGUCCAAUUGGCAGAUGAAAGAACGCAUCGUCAUCUUCCUGCAUACAUGUGUCCAUCGUCUUAUCUCUUCUUUGACUCACUCCCGCGAUCAAGCUCUGGUAAGGUCGACCGUAAAGCUAUCGACAGCAUGCUGCAACAAGGCGAAGAUAGUGGUAUCAAGUUCUACCUCCCUUCGAACAAGGUUUCGGAAGCGCGGGAGACGGCGCAGGAUGAUUGGGAUGCCCUUGAUAAUGAGAAAGCUCUGGAGCUACGAAAUCUUGUCCUCAGUCUCAUUUCGACAACCACUGGCGAGGAGCCCUCUGUGAUUAAACCCAGCACGAGUCUCUAUUCGCUGGGCUUGGACUCUCUGGGCGCGAUGCGAUUAUUACAGAAGCUGAGAGAUCAAUCCAUUGACCAUUUAUCGGUGGGCGAUGUACUACAGUCAGAUACCAUAAAGGGGCUACUUUCACUCAUUCUGAAUGGUAAAGCAAAGCUAGAAGGGCUUACCAAUGGACAGCCGGCGAAUCACCCAUCUAUGUUCUUGACGCAGCAGCUGCAAGCGUUUAACGAUACGAACCGCUCGACAUGCGCUGAAAGGCUUGGAAUAAGCCCAGAGAGAAUUCAGACCGUCCUACCCACUACGGAAACGCAGUCUGGUAUGCUAACGAGCUUCCUACGUAGCUCAGCCGAUAGCUCGUUUGCUACUCGGUCCUACGUCUAUCAUUCUGUCAUUUCACUCGAGCCUUAUGUGGAUAUUGAGCGGCUGAAGAAGGCCUGGGAGUCAGUGAUCAGAAGUUAUGAUUCCUUCCGAACGAUUUUCUGCUGGCUUGACGAUGACAUGGCUCCCUUUGCGCAAUGUAUUCUCAAAGAAGAUGCAGAAUCGGCACCGAACUGGGCUGUCUACCAUACUCCCGGGGAUUCCACGCAGAAAGAUGUCCUGAUCAAGGCUCUUCGAGAGGCAGAAAACACAAUUACCCUGGAGCGCCCCCCAUGGAAGCUAUCAUGGCUCGAGGGGUCAGAGGACAAGGGUAUCAUAUUGAGCAUGUUUCACGGCAUAUUCGAUGGGGGCUCGUUGCAACUUCUCUUGGAAGACGUGUCGUCGGUUUAUGGUGGACAGCCACCAGCACGCCGAACCUCGUUAGAGCAUGUUGUUAAACACCAUUUUCAGACAAAUCAAACAGCAACAUCGAACUUUUGGAGAGAAUAUCUGAAUAACUAUUCGCCAAUUGCUUUCCCUUCUCUGACCGCCUACCGAACUCCAGCUGUUAAGAUCACGGACUGCGUCGAAAUGACGGCUCGCACAACCCAUGAUAUUCUCAAGCGACGAUCGAGAACAAUCGGGUCAACACCACUUUCUGUCCUUCAGGCGGCCUGGGCCUGUCUUCUACUCGCGUAUACUGGAACCCAAGAUCAAGACGUGGUCAUGGGUAGUGUUGUAUCUGGACGUUUCGAUCCUGACUCCGAAGUUUGCGUUGGUCCGACUUUCACGACGAUUCCUGCUAGGUUGGCGCUCGGGCAGAUUCCUAAGGCUGGGGGAAGAUUGUGGACAAACAAAUCUGUUGUGGCUCAUUUGGCGAGUCUGAACGCAAAAACAUUAUCGCAUCUGCAACCACGUCUCGGAUCAUUAGUCACCGCCGAUGGUAGGCUUCCCUAUGACACGAUUCUUGCCUACCAGGACUUCAGCGCCGGCUCCAGCACUAGUGGUCUAUGGAAGUCAAUCGAUCAUCCCCCAAUGGCGAACGAUUACGCCGUGAUGAUUGAGGUUUGGCCUGCUGCAGACUCGUCGUUGACCAUGCGCGCAAGCUUCCAUCUCUCUCAAAUGGACCGCGACGGGGCCGAGAUGAUGCUCCAUCAAUUGGACGACAUCGUUGCUUUUAUCCUUGAGAAUCCGGAAGGAGAUUUCGAGAAUGCUCUGUUGUAUACCCGUUCUCACCUCAAGGCAGUAUACAACCCAAUGCCGAAGAUGGCCGAUGAAGUUUUCGACGGAGCUCUGAUACACACCAAAUUUGAGGAUCAUGCCAAUUUACAUCCAGAGGACAUGGCGCUUUUAUUCAAGUACGACCUCGAUGAUGACCAUAAUCCGCGAAACAUUUCAUGGUCGUACGGGGAGCUUAACGCACGGGCUGAUCAUUUGGCAUCAUACCUUUGUGAGACAUACGGACAAUUGACAAACACAGUGAUACCCGUUUGUAUCGAGAAAAGCCCCGCGAUGUAUAUUGCCAUUCUGGGUAUCCUCAAGGCUGGCGGCGCAUGGUGCCCUAUUGAUACAUUUUCCCCCGCACAGCGUCGGCAUGAUUUAAUUGAACGAACUGGAGCCAGAGUGCUCCUCGUUUCUAGUGAGGAUGGAGCGCAACCGAAGGAUGCCAUUCCCGUUGAUAUCGAUGUCGUUGAUGUUAGUAAAUACGCUGAUCCGCUGGUCAGUUGGCCGAGCAUCGACCGAGGCAGCUCAAAGAAGCUGUCAAGUCCGGCGGGCAUAUCAUACCUGAUCUGGACGAGUGGAACCACUGGUGCUCCCAAGGGCGUACCGAUUACGCACUCGGCUGCCGUGUGCAGUUUCAAGUCACUCAGGAAGGACAUCCCAUCUGACGUUUCUGGCGGCGUUGUGCGAUGUUUGCAAUUUUCUCAGUACACGUUCGAUGUGUCAAUUCAGGACAUCUUCUAUACCUGGAGCUUGGGAGGGGUGCUGAUCUCUGCAACUAGAGAAAUCAUGCUUGGGUCAUUCGCAAAGCUGGCGAAUACCACGCGAGCAACCCAUGCGCAUCUGACCCCUGCCUUCGCCGCUGGUGUCCCGAGAAAAAGCUGUGAAACGCUGGAGGUGAUUACCAUGAUCGGCGAGAAGCUAACACAGCCCGUUGCCGACGACUGGGGCACGGAUAUGAGAGCCUAUAACACCUACGGCCCGGCGGAAGCGACAAUCGUCUCUACCGUGCGAGAAUUUGGAAAUGAGUGCAUGAACAUCAAGAGCGCCAAUAUUGGCUGGCCCCUGGAAAGUGUCUCGGUUUUCGUCACGAGGAAUCGGCAAAUUGUGAUGAAGAAUGCCGUUGGGGAGUUGGCGCUGGGCGGUCCACAACUUUCUCCGGGAUACUUGAAUCAAGAGGAUGUCACCAAGGCGAAGUAUGUUUGGAGCGACGAAGCUCGACAGAUGCUGUACUACACGGGCGAUCUUGUUCGGAUGCUCGCUGACGGGUCACUGGAGUAUAUCAAUCGUGUUGACGACUUGGUGAAACUUGGCGGUAUUCGUGUUGAGUUGAGCGAGAUCAGCUUCUCCCUCGGCGGAUGCCACCCACUGGUUGAUAAUAUCGAGACGCUCGUUGUUAACCGGCCCGAUCGGCCGAGCAAGGUUGUCGUUGCUUUCCUCUCUGCACCAAAUGCGGCCGAAGGCGAUGCGAGCGACGGUCUUCUACUACUCAACGACACCGCUCUCGAGAUUGCUCUCUCUACACGCGAGAAGGCGCAUACGGUUCUCCCCGCUCACAUGAUUCCGUCCGUAUACCUCGUAGUCAAGAGGAUUCCUCGUACCCAGUCCGCUAAAACAGACCGCCGCGCGCUCCAAGCUGCAUAUGCUUCAGUGGAUAUCGAGAACUGGGAAACACGGAUGAAUCCUGAAAACAAUGCUUUAGGCCACCCGGCGGACGACCCAGUAACAUCCAGUGCGAUAGAAAAGAUUGUGCAAACGAUAGCCUCGCUUACCAAUAUUUCACCUUCGAUCAUAACUAAAAUGAGCAGGCUCAGAAGUCUAGGUAUUGACUCUAUCCACGCAGUUCGUCUCGCAUCAAGGCUCAAUGAGGCCGGGUAUCAACUUUCUUUCAUUGAAGUCCUCAACUGUGUCACAGUACAAGAUUUGAUCAGAUUAUCCACAUCCUCUCGCGAGGUUCGCAGAGCGCCGGCUGCUCAGUUCGACAUGAACCUUUUCAAUGACCAGUGGCACAACAUUGUGGCCCCGAAAGUGGACGACGAGUUUUUCACUGUGCGAGCAACCCCCAUCCAGGAGAGCCUGCUUAGUGAGACAAUGGGCACUUACAACCUGUACUGGAGUAAUCACUUCUUCUCUCUUGAGAGGUCUGUUGAUGUGACACGGCUGAAGCAAGCUUGGUUUGCACUUUGCCAAAAGAACGAGGCCUUGCGGACUGGGUUCAUUCCUGUUGCCGAGGUGGAUAACAGUCCUCGCAAGGACGAACUGGACUUCUCCAUCUUGCAGGUCAUUUACGAUCACUCCACUCUUGAUUGGGAGUAUACAGUGUGCGAAGAGCAUGAGUGGGAUCGAUUACUUCACUCUCGCAUUGAAGGUGUCAUGAAGACACACCAGAAGACUUAUUUCAGGCAGCCCCCCUGGGCAGUUACUGUAUUGGACAAGGGUGUAGAACGGGUCAUGGUGCUGACUAUUCACCAUUCUAUACAUGACGGGCCAUCUUUAGAUCUGAUGGAAAAGGAUUUACGUUCUGCAUAUACCGACAAGCCACCCUCCAGAUACCAACUUAGUAGCGCGCUUUCCAAGAUCCUUCCAACAGAGGAAAUGGUUGCUGGGACCCGCAGCUUCUGGAACGCUGAGCUUCAGAAAUUCUCUGAGCUUGAUGUCCCCGCCUGGCCGGACUUGACUGGGAAGAGGACACAAGAGAGCGCCGCGCAGGAGCACAAUCUCAUCUCAGAGCAAAUACCCCUGACGGAGCCUCUUGCAAAGCUUCGAUCCCUCUCAGCCGAGCUCGGUGUCUCCUCCAUUGCUUCCCUCAUUCGUGCGGCGUGGGGUUUCGUAUCGCUGAGUUACCUUGGUAUUCCGGCAACUGUGUUUGCGGAGACAAUUUCUGACCGUGUGCUGCAUGCUGACCUCGAGAAUGGCAUUGGUCCCUUGAUUUCCGUUGUGCCAGUGCCAUUUAACCCAACAGGAACUGCCCGGGAGGUUCUUGCAGAACAGCAGCGUGUCUCUGCUCAAUCGAGGAAGUACCGCCAUAUACACGCUCGCGAGGUGCGCAAGAUGCUCAAACGGCCUCGUGGUGAGCCCUUGUAUCCGGCAGUAUUCACCUUUCACCCGGCGGGUGCAGAGGCGAACGUCGCUGCUGACAAUGGUCUGUGGCGUGAGCUUGAGGAUCGAAUUGGGUUGCACGUUGAGCACCCUAUGGCCUUCAACGUACUGCAAAAUCCUGACGGGUCCCUGGUUCUAGAAGCGUCUUCUGAUGCAUCUCUCAUGAACCAUAAACACCUGUCUGUCUUUGUUCGCCAGGUUGACAGUCUCGUCAGCGCGAUGUUGGCGAACCCAGAUAAGGAGCUACGGGAACUGGUCAAUCACCUUCCCCCUUUGCUCAAAUCAAAAUCGUCGCAGCGUGUUAGUGAGGCAGUUAGGAAUUCAGUUAACAUCAGCCCAACGCACUGGCUGGAGCUCAAUGCCAGGGAACAUCCGGAGUGGACAGCCGUCGAAGUGGCCAGCAGCAUCAGUGCCAGCGGCAUCGAGAAGCAAAGUAUGAGCUACGGUACGCUGAAUGCUGCAGCGAACUGCGUGGCGGCCUUCAUCGCCUCGCUGGGAUACAAAAAUAGAAUGAUUUCUGUUUGCGCUGGACGAAAUCUUCCGUCGUACCCCGUCAUCGUCGGUAUCUUCAAAUCAGGAAAUACCUAUCUCCCCAUUGACGACAACCUUCCAAAUGAUCGAAAAGCAUUUCUCAUCGAGGAUGGCAACUGCCCGCUUGUCUUCACCGAGUCGGCAUUUGCGGCUACAUUCUCCGAUGUCCCCGAAACGUGCCGUGUGAUGUGCAUUGACGAUCCCUCCUUCGUUGAUUCCCUGGCAGGCAUGCCGACUGACAAUCGGGCGUAUCCAAGUGACCCACAAGACAACGCCUACGUGCUUUACACGUCAGGCUCUACAGGGAAGCCUAAGGGUGUCAUGGUGUCAAGGGCGAAUCUGUCGUCAUUUAUCGAAUCGUUCUCGGAAUUCGUUUGUCGAGUGGCGCCAGCCACACUGGAACUUGGUGGUCGAGGUCGGUAUCUUGCACAAGCCAGUCGAGCGUUUGACGUCCAUCUCUUAGAAAUGUUCUUCCCCUGGCGUCAUGGCAUGGCCUCCGUAACUGCUGCGCGAACAAUGCUUUUGGAUGAUCUGCAGUUGACAAUCACGAAGUGGGGCAUUACUCAUGCCAGUAUGGUGCCGUCCUUGGUUGACCAGACAAAUCUACGGCCAGAACUAUGCCCAGAACUGAAAUACCUGAGUGUUGGAGGGGAGAAGAUUUCGAAGAGAGUAUUGGACACUUGGGCUGGCUUGCCGCAUGUCGCCCUGGCCAAUGCGUAUGGACCAACGGAAGUCACUAUUGGUUGCACAUUCGCCCAUGUUGGCAAAGAGACCACCAUUCGGAAUAUUGGGCCUCCCUUGAGCGCCUGUACUUGCCACGUUCUAAUCCCCGGAACCGUGAACUACGCCCUUCGUGGUCAAACGGGAGAACUGUGUUUCACCGGUGACCUUGUGGGCAACGGAUAUCUAAACAGACCGGAUGCGACUGGCUUUGUGCAAGGCCCUGGCGGCGAAAAGAUGUACAGAACCGGGGACAUUGGUCGCCUGAUGAUUGAUGACACUGUGGAAUAUAUUGGUCGCGGCGACGACCAAACCAAGAUCCGCGGGCAGCGGUUGGAACUCGGGGAGGUCUCAGAGGUUAUUCGUUCCUCUUCUCCCGUCGAGAUUGGUGUAGUCACCACGGUUGCGAAGCAUCCCAGUCUCGCGAGAGCGCAGCUAAUCUCGUUUGUUGCCCGAGCUGGUGACAAGAGCCGUCAGCGUAGCGGAGAUGCCACCUUAAUUCACUCUGACUUGGCAACCUUGUGCAAGGACCUUCGGGACGCCUGCAAGCGAAAGCUGCCAGACUACAUGGUUCCCGAGAUCAUCCUGCCAAUCACAUAUAUCCCACUGGCACCAAUGUCAGGGAAGGCAAAUAUCAAGCAGCUGCACGGCAUCUUCUCAAGCUUGCCCCUUGUGAGCAUUCUACAAGGAAACAAUCCAGGCACUAGCGACACUGCUGCUUUCACUGGUAGACCUUUGACUUCCGAUGAAGAAGCUGUAGUCAACGAAAUCUGCGCUGUGAUCAAGAUCCACCAGGAGAGUAUCAAUCCAUUAACAAACAUUUUUGAGAUCGGCCUGGAUAGCUUAAGCGCAAUCAGCUUAUCGGUGAAGCUCCGGAACAUAGGAUACGACGCUACUGUCGCCCUUGUGAUGGGCAACCCGGUAGUCGAGCAGCUUGCUCAGCUCCCCAGAAGCUCAACCAAGGCCGCAACAGAUCCGCGCAAUGCAGAGUUGAUGAAGAGACUCUCUGAGCUCGAGGCCGAAUACCACAGGAACUAUACCUCAGCUGCAAAUUCCGGUCAGGUAGUUGUACGGCCAUGCCUUCCUCUUCAGGAGGGUCUAGUCGCCCGCUCCAUCAACAGCGAAGGGGAUCAGCUCUAUGUCAAUCAUAUUGCUCUCGAGCUCGAUCCUGGUCUCGAUUCUGAGCGAUUGAGGUGCGCAUGGCAAGCUACUGCUGACAAUAAUGAGAUCCUCCGGACUUGCUUUGCUCCUUUGGAGAAAGAGAUCGUUCAAAUUGUUUUCACUCCAGGCCGUCCAAUAUCAUGGACGGAGGAAGAAUACGACAGCCUCGAGCAAUCCAUUACGCUGCAAAGAGCGAAGCAGCAACAGAUUUCUCGCGGUAUCAUCGAAAAUAUCACAGAUGUCCCACCAGUGCGAUUCCACUUGGCAACGUCAUCGUCGUCGAAACAUUCAUUGGUUUUGUUCAUUGCAAUUCACCACGCUCUCUAUGACGGCGAAUCGUUCUCGAUGCUCAUCGAGGACGUCGCGGCGCGCUAUGUAGGAGAGCCUGUGCUCCAGCGAGGCUCACCAGCCGCUUUUAUCGAGCAUGUAUAUGGUCAGAAUCUGGAGAAGGCACGGCAACACUGGGCGAGCGCGUUCAGUGAUUGUCGGCCUACAAUCUUCCGUGUGGACACUGGUGCUGUAGAGGAGACUACCUUCGUGAACAAAAAGCUCCGUGCCGGCCUGGCUGAUUUGGAACGUCGUUCGGCCAAUUUGCACAGUACAGUCCCGUCCCUGAUGCAAGCACUCUUUGCCCUUCUCCUGGCUGAUAAAGUCAACGCGUCCGACGUCACUUAUGGACUUGUCCUCUCCGGUCGGGCUGUGGCAGUCCCCGGUGUGGAUUCCGUGCUCCUGCCUUGCAUUACGACCAUUCCGGGUCGAUUGAAUACCAAUGGCUUGUCAACUGUCGCUGAGGUUGUCGCGUACGUUCAACAAUCAAAUGCCCGGUCCCUUGAGUAUCAACACACCUCGCUGCGCCGUAUUCAACGUUGGCUGAAGUUGGAAAAGCCUGUCUUCGACUGCCUCUUCUCCUACAUCCGCAGCACACCAGCACUCAAGCACAAAUUGUGGGAGGAGCUCGAGAGUAACAUGCCUUCCGAGUACCCCCUUGCCGUUGAGAUCGAAGCGAAUCAUGCUAAGGACGAAUUGUACGUUCAUUGUGGCUUUUCGGCAUCGUUCGGUUCAGUCGACCGUGGGCAAGAAUUUGUUGAGAAACUCGACGCGCUGUUGUCAACCUUCUUGUCUGGAGACGACAUUGCGUUGGACAGCUUCAGUCUUGCUGGUUCUGGAGCUCCUGGCUCACGCGAAUCUGCAGUGAAAUGGGAGGAAACAGAUUGGUCUACGACUGAGACAAAGAUUCGGGACAUCACGGCGACUUUCUGUGGUCUCGACGUGGUGAAUGUGUCGAAGGGAACGUCAUUUAUCAGUCUCGGUAUUGACUCGGUGACCGCUAUCCAAUUUGCACGGAAGCUCCGCGAGCUGCAGUUUAGAGUUGCACCGUCAGAUAUCAUGCGCUUCCCGUGUGUUGGCGCGUUAGCCAAACACAUUGACGAGCGUCCAGCUGGGGGACACCAGGCAGUACGCCCCGAAACCAAGAAGGCCAGAGUCUCGCUUGAGGCUUACCGUGACAACGUUCGUCUUCUUAGUGCUGGAGAUUCAAUCGCGGCAAUGUUUGAGUGCACGCCUCUGCAAGCGGGCAUGAUCACUCGGACACUUGGAUCUGACUCUCAAGUUUAUGUACACCCCCACAUUGUUCGACUCACUAAUGGCGUCGACAUUGAUCGCCUCAAGAAUGCUAUUGCAGAGGUCGUCUCGAAAAACGAUAUUCUCCGUACUUCGUUCCAUCCUAACACUGAGAAUGGAGUGAUCUGGGUUGGUGCGGUGCACACAAAUCCUCCUCUCCAGUGGAAGGAGAUCACACUGGCCUCGAACGCGGAUGUCCUCGCCGAGAUAACCUCCCUGUCCUCUUUCCGGGAAGAGGCCGAUUUUGAGACUCCACCACUCAGAUUUGUACUGGCUCAUCAGGGAAAUGAGACGCUUUUUGUUGUGCUCAUGCAUCAUGCUCUUUAUGAUGGUGCCUCAUUGCCUCUCCUCUUCGACGAUUUGGCCGCUGCUUACCACGGCCAAGCUAUGGCACAGCGGCCUCAAUUUUCUGAUAUUGCCCCCCACAUACUGGAUGGUCAGAAUGACUCUUGCGAUUUCUGGACAAAGAAACUGGCUGGUUACGAGCCUGUCGAGAUUCCUGCUCUCACUUCUUCGGAUGCUACUGAGCGCAUGCUCCUUUCAGAGCGCAAAAUUGGCCUUGACGUGGGCAAGGUUGUUGAAAGGUGCAAGGCCAUGGAGGUAACCAUUCAAAGUAUCGCCCUCUUGGCUUAUGCAAAGGUCGUCGCUUGCCUGUUCGGGAAGCGCGAUGUGGUCUUCGGUCAAGUCCUCGCUGGUCGCUCAUUACCAGUUCCUGGUGCCGAGCAGACCAUUGGCCCGCUGUUUAACACUGUAGCUCAGAGAGUCUCGUUUGAGCCUACGUUCUUGAGCAACCGUGAGAUGGCCCAACGAGUCCAACAGCUUACCUCUGAGUCACAGAUUUUUCAGCACGCGCCCUUGAAGGAUGUGCAGAAGGCUCUGAGGCAAGAACAUAGCAUGGAUGCUGCCUCACUAUUCGACACACUCUUCGUAUUCCAGAAGAGUGCUGACAUUGGGACUAGGCUGGAUGAACAACAGAUUUGGAGACCUUUCGAGACAGAUGGAUACGCUGCGCAGGCUGAACAUAAACUCAAUUUGGAGGUAGAUCACGGCCAAGAAGCUAUUACCAUCAGCGCCUCGUGCAACGGUCGCUACAUGUGCCAACAAGCGCUUGAUCAGUUUAUGAUGGACUUCUGUGAAGCAUUCCGAGACAUCAUUGAUCAUCCUACCAGAUGCGCCACUGCUGCGCCGGAGCGACUUGGUGGACUACCUCUUCGAUUGUCCAAGACUAAGAAACCAGAACGAGGUGAAAGCGAGACUGACGCACCUGCACACGAGUCGAUUGUUCGUGAUGUCCUCGCUGAGGUGGCCGGCGUUCCAGUUGACAGCAUCAUGCCAAACACCAGCAUUUACAAUAUUGGUUUAGACUCAUUGUCUGCCAUUCGCAUCGCUUCCAUUUGCCGAAGCAGAGGAUUAAAGGCAGGUGUGGCUGAUAUCCUUCAAGGAAACACUCUACGAGGUAUCAGUUCACGGAUUGUAUCAACGGUCGAGAAACGCAUUCAAACCCAAGAGCCCCUGAUUGAAGAUUAUGAAGCCGUGGAAAAGACAGUUCUUCAGCGGCUCGAGCUAAUCAAGGACGCGGUCGAGACCAUCCUGCCGUGUCUCAGUGGUCAGCUGUACCAUCUUGCCAGCUGGUUGAAGUCAGGACGAACCUUGUUCGAACCUGCUUGGUCUUACUACAGCAUUGAACGUAUCGAUAGUGCUAAGCUUGAGAAGGCGUGGUAUCAACUACGUCAACGACAUCCUAUUCUAAGGACUUGCUUCGCGGCAACUUCACCAUCAAUGGCCAUUCAGAUUGUGCUCAAACAGGCACCACGGAACGCGGAGAUAUUCAAGGUCAUCGAGUCUCCCGCUUGCAUUGAAGAAGCGGCCAAAACCCAGGCUAGGGAAGAGGCGUUGAAUGCAUCAUCUUUGUUUGUUCCUCCUGUCCGCCUCCGUCUUCUGAAGGCUAGCGACAAGGACGGAAUCCAAGUUUUCAUCAAUCACGCUGCAUACGACGCAUGGACAAUGCCGAUGUUUGUCUCUGAGCUCGCACUGCUGUACCGCGGGGAGUCAGUCAAUUCAAAUCCGGACUUCCCCUCUUUCGUCGAGCACGCCACACGGUCUUUGCGAGAAGUGGACGAAGAAACCUACUGGUCUUCGCAGCUUGGCUCCAGCGCUCCAACGAUCAUCAAGCCCAAGGAUCAGGAACUACCCAGGCAAUCAUUUGUCGGCGCAUGGGAGAAGGUCAAGAAUCUGUCUCAACUGGAAAGCAACUGUCGUUCUGUAGGCCUCAGUCUACAGACUGUAGUCCUACUGGCCGUGUCCCGCUGUCUUGCAAGAAUGACCGGGGUGCAAAGUCCCACCAUCGGCUUGUACCAGACAGGUCGCUCAGCCUCGUUCAAUAACAUUGAGAAUAUAUUAGGACCUUGUCUGAAUGUUACGCCGUUUACAUUCCCCAGCCCAGGAGCUGAAAGCAACGUGGUAGACGAAGUGCGAGCAAUUCAAGCCUCCCUUGCAGAACGUGUGCUAUACGAGCAGAGCUGCCUACGCGAUAUCCUAGUGAGAUGGGCUAGUACCAAAGGUAGAGGACCACUGUUCAACACCUGGGUUAACCUCCUCUGGAUGCACCAGGCACCUGCUCGAGGUGACGCGGAUCUCUUCCAGCCUCUGCGGAUCGGGGUGCCAACGGACUUCAUACCCGAUUCCCCGUUACCGGACCCAAGCGGGCAGGCUACCUCCGUCUCGGCGUUGGAUACCGCAUACCUGCCUGCUGAGAACCUUUAUAUUGAUAUUGGGCCUGAUCCUAGGACGGAUACCAUCGGGUUUGGUGUCCGCGUGGAAGGUGGACUUUUGACGGAGGCGGAGGUGCAUGAGAUGGUGGAUGAUGUCAGUGGUGAGAUUGAAGGGAUUAUGGCUGCAAUUCGGUGA